AGCUCCAACUCAUCAAUUAUAGCCCUGAACUGAGAGCUGAAGAAUGGCAAAUCUAACUCUCUAUGGAAUCGAUGGAAGUCCUCCAGUUCGAUCUGUACACCUUACCCUCCAUGCCCUCGGCUUGAAGUACGAGUACAAGAUUGUCAACUUGAUGACCGGAGAGCACCUGAAACCGGAGUACCUGAAGGUCAAUCCACUGCACACAGUGCCCACCUUGGAGGACGAUGGCUUCUUCAUCCACGACAGUCAUGCCAUCGAUGCCUAUCUGGUGGACAAGUAUGGCAAGGACGACUCCAUGUAUCCGAAGGACCUGCAGAAGAGGGCGAUUGUGGACCAGCGCCUCCACUACGAUUCCAGUGUCAUGGUCACCACUGGCAAGGGUCUCUUCAUUCCCUUGAAAGAAGGUAGAACCGAAAUACCAAAGGCCAAGUUCGAUGCCCUGGAAGAGGUGUACAAGAACUUGAACCUGUUCCUGAAGAAGGGCGACUAUGUGGCUGGAAAUGACCUGACCAUCGCCGACUUUCACACGAUUGCUGUUUUGUCAACAACAAUUCCCUUCCUCGAUGUAAAUGCCACUGAAUACCCCAAGUUGGCCGAUUGGGUGGAACGUAUAAUUAAACUACCAUUCUACGAGGAGGCCAAUGGUUCCAGGAUAGUGCAGGUGGUCGGGUUUAUUAAGAAUAAGAAAUUCACAAUUGUCUAAAAAUAUAACAAGUUAAGAAUUUGAAAUAAAAGA